UUGUGGAAUGGUUUACAGAGAAUCAUCGAGCUAACUGAUGGCAAAAUUAUAAAUUGUAAAGAUUUUGAUGGGCGCGAAUCGACCCCACUUCAUUUUGCUGCUGGCUACAAUCGUGUGGAAGUACUGAAGUACCUGCUUGAAAAUGGUGCUGAUAUUGAAGCUCGUGAUACAGGUUGGUUGGUACCAUUACAUAACGCUUGUGCAUAUGGUCAUUUGGUGGUCGCGGAAUUGCUAGUCAAGCACGGUGCAGACUUGAAUGCAGUCGAUAAAUGGGGCUAUACACCGCUACAUGAAUGUGCGUUGAAGGGGAAAUUUGAAGUUUGUAAAAUGCUUCUUCUGAGCGGUGCUGAUCGAAAUCAUAAAGGACGUGAUGGCAAAAUUCCCUUGGAUGUCGUAAGAGAGGGUGCGGAGGACGUGAAAGACUUGCUGCGCGGCGAUGAAGCUGUUUUGGAAGCAGCCAAGGAAGGUGACGUGGAAAAAAUCCGAAAAAUUGGUGGUCUGAUACCGUUGCAUAAUGCAAGCAGUUUUGGGCAUCUCGAGAUCGCCGUUUUACUGAUCGAAUAUGGUGCUGAAGGUCGCACUCAGAUCUGUUCUCUUCUUCUGAACAGUGGUGCUGAUGUGACACUAAAAAAUACUGAAGGACUUACAGCACUGGAUAUGGCUGGAGCGGAGGAUACGAAAGAGUUGUUAAUG